CUUAAUAAUAGUGGUAAUGUGGAGGACAGAGAGGAGGAAAGAUAGCUACAUCUUUAUUUCCUCUUAGAUGCAGGAGAGCAUUGCGAAAUUGUUGUUGAAAUACUUUGGGCUUGAAAACCCCAUGUCUUAACAUCCUGCCAAAGCAGCAAAGGAUGUAAUGCCAACUCAUGCACAGUUCUACAAUUAGCAAAUACUGGAAGAAGAAAAAGGCUUUAAAGUGUCUCUGCUCACAGCUGGACAGUAGAUAUGGACUCAUCUCGACAGGUGGACUUCAGGCCUCGAAGCGCCGGGUCAAUUUCAGCACUUGUUGUGGUGAAUAUUAUAUGGUGGAUGGUUAUGAUUGCUGCCAUUGGAAUGGGGACCAUACAUCUGGGCCAUUGUCAGGUAGAGCCCAACAUUCCCAUCUACCUGAUAGUGAUGGGAGCGGCCAGCGUCAUCUCCCUGUGUCUGACCUACACCGGAGCCUUCUGGGAUGAUGGUGCUGCCUGCGUCCUGAGCUCGGCCUGCAUAGCCCUCCUGCACCUCUUCACUUUCUGCUGGUUCAUUGCAGGCACUGUCUGGGUUUAUUCUGUAUAUCCUCCCAGCUACACACCAGGCAAACAUUACUGCCACAAGACAGUGUUCCAGUUUGCCUUUAUUGUCACCACCUUCAUGUGGGUUGUUCUGAGUCUCAUGUUUGUCCUUGGCUGUUGCUGCGCUGCACUGGCCUGCUGUAAGACUGUGAGGGCAGUUCGCCUCUUUAUACCCAACCGCUACUCUUUCUAUGGAGGGACAACUGAUUAUCAAGACAUCUCUGCUGGUGAUGUGUGAUUUAAAUCCUGGUUCUGAAUCCUGGUGGUGUCUUGACAAUGGGUUUUACAGGAGUGAAGCUUUUCCCAAAUUUUGACAGCAGUGAUACUGAUUCUGCUCCUGUUGUUGAGGGUUAUUUUUAUCAUUUGUGGUAGUUGUUAUAAACUAAGGCUUAUAAAGGGUUUUUGGCAACUACAAGUAUUUAAAUAGCAGCUCUCAAAACUGCUUUCUUCUACAAUCUUCCUGUAAAGCUUGAAUAAAUAUGCUUACUUCACCUGAGAUUUAAGUUAUAUUUUUGCUAAUUUAGAUGUGUUUGUUUUCCGUUACAGCACACAAGUGACUGUGAACAUAUGAACAUGAGUUUUUCUACACAGGCCGAGUGUAGUCUAAUCUAAGACCUGCUGAAACAUCACAUCACUUUCUCACAACAGCACUGUCAUGUCACGUGCUUCCUGCUUACACCAACAUCAAACAGUAUACAUCUGAGCCAGAAGAAGAUGUCAGAUAAUCCGGUGGCAGCUAACAUACAUUCAGUAUUGAGAUGAAACAUAAAUAGAUAUUAGUAUUAUGUGUUUUUAUAUUUUAAUCUACUGCAUGUCUGAAAGAUGUUUUUUGCAUUUUGUGCAUUGUACAGUAUUGCCUGAAAAUGAAUAAAGAAAUGCUGGCUUUGA